AUGAAUAAAUUUUUAUCAAAAUCAUUCACAUAACUUCGUUGUUAUUGGAUAUCGAAGUCUUAUAACACAUCCUAAGAAAUCUAAAUCUGUAGUUCAAGACUCGAUUUAACUCGUGAUGAUUUAUAACCUGAUGAGUUGACCACAUUGAUAUGUACAUAAUUAGAUCCGAUUAAACUCAUUGACAUUUACAACAGGUACAAAUACUAAUUUACUGAACGCCAUUUAUUACAGAGCUUAAAAAUCACUGCUAAAAUGCAAGGAAUGUAUAAUUUGCCAGUUCAUGAUCAUUAUUUUAAUGAAUCCUAUUAAAAUCUAAUAAGACAAUUCAAUCAAUACAUAUCCACCUUAAACAAUCUAGAUCUCGGGGAUUUCAUAUAUUGGUACAAGAAACUCUUUUAUGACAACCUUAGUGUAGGAUUCUUAACUUCUGUUGAUAUUAAACAAUUGUAAUCCAUUAUUAAAAAGUACAUUGAGGAAAACCAAUUUCUGCCAAGAUAAUUGAACAUGAUAUACGAAUGCGUUGACAUGAUAUUCCCAAAUGAUGAAUUCUUGAGUAAACUUUACAUUGAUUAUGUGUUCUCAACAAAUGAAAUCACAGUCGUAUAACUAAUGCAAUUUCUUACUUCAAUAAACAAGAAGUUUGUUUUAAAGAAAAAAGUAGACCUCUAUUGUAUAUUGCAAGUCUUGAACUAUUCAAAAAAUGUGUGUAAAAGUUUCGAUGUUGAUUAAUACGCAUUCAUGACUAAGAGCUUUAUUAAUAUGAGACUAAAAUACCACAUUACAGAAAAAUAGUACCUUGAAUAAAUUGAUGACAAAUUUGAAGCUACAAAAUAAAAUGUUAAGUACUUAGAAUCAGGAUCUAUUAUUGCCAUCUUAUAAAAUUGUAAAUAUUAAGGUCCUGAUGAAUCCAAACCACUAUUGCUGCUCAUACACGAAUAAGUUCAAUAAAUCUUAUAAAAAUAUGAAGAUAAAUAAAAUAAUCUUAAUUUUGACUUCUUAAUUUAAUAUUUAUAGAAUGUGAUAUUUGCUGAUUAUAUUGACAACAAUGAUAUUCUCAAACUCGAAUCUGUUUGCUUAAAUUUGCUUAAAGAAAAUUUCAAUAUAACCAAUAUUUACUAAAUGUCCUUAUACUAUUUGGAAAAAAAGAAAAAGUGUUUGCCUUUUGCAGAAUACUUGAAAAAUAUUCUUGACAAUCUAAGCAUGUAAAAUAUUAAUUUAAACAUUAAAAAUCUUGUGUAUCUUCAUUUUGUAUGUGAAAUGGAUAUUUCAAAAUUUUUAAGAAAACUCAACAAUCCGAAUUUCUCCACUACUCAAAUAGAUAAUUAUGAUGAUAUUUAAUUAUCUAAGACAUCUAUCCUUAAUAUUGUUAUUUUAUUUGAUGAAUAUCCAUAACUACAACUUCCUGAAUUUAUAGCUAGUUAAUUUUAUAAAAUGAGCUCCAUGCCUCUAUUAUUAGCCUUAUGUAAUUGUCAGUACUUCAGCCCAAGAAUUAGAUCAUUGUACACUUAAAAAUUACAAAAUUUAAGAGGGGAAGGAAGACUUGAUAAGCGCUUUAGAUAGAACGUGUUAGAAUCCAUAAAAACAGAAGAAGAUGCUUCUCACUUAUUUAAAUGGUUUUUUCAAAGCAAUAAAUUUUAAUUAAAUACUGCCUUACUUUAAGUUCUUAUUUCAAAUGAAAACAAUAAUGUAAAUUAUUUAAUAUGAUUAAAGUAUAGAUCACUAAGCCUUAAGCUUACUUUUUAUAUUUAGUACUUUAGAGUUCUAUUGAUGUUUUGGAUAUAGAGAUAAUAAUAAAUGAAUUAAUCUACCAAACUAGAUUUUUCGAUUUUCUAUUGUAAAUAGAUUAAGAAAUAAUAAACUAAAUCCUUGAAUAGUCUUAUAAAUUCAAUGAUGGAUAAGGCACAGCAAUUAUGAUCUAAUUACUAGAAGAUAAAUGUCCAAAUAAUUUGAAAUAGUUCAAAAUUCCUUAACAUUUAAUGUUAAAUUAUUAAUGUCUUGAAUAAUAUGAUACAAACUUCAUUUUAAUGAUGAUUAAGUAUCAUUGUUACCCUUUGAAGGAUAGUUUAAAGAUUUUCAACAAUUUAAUUAAUUUCCAGCAAAAUGAAUUAAGACUAUUCAUACUAUAUUUAGAAAUGAGCUAAACUAUAGGAUUAGAAAAGAUGCAUUCCUAUAUUUUAAAACAAAUAAAAAAACUCAAUGAAACCUAUAUUAUAUAAAUAUAAUGA